CAGCAUGCAGCGGAAAGGUAUGACGUAAAUGCUCCGCGACGGCAACGUCACCGACAGCUGCCGCGGCGCGAUCAGCAGAGGGUGCCGCGGCGGCGGCGGCGGCGUUGCCACCAUCGCCCCCUGCAGCAGCACCUGGCGGGAGCGAAGGCGGCGGCGGCGCUGCUGUUCCGGCGGCCCGUCGGGCGGCGCUGGGAAGGCCGUGCCGGGGGGAUGGCGGAGCCGGGCGGGGCGUCGUCCGGCACGGGCGGAGGCGGCGGGAGCUCGGCGGGGCCUGGAGCGACGGACCCGGCCUCGCUGCCCCCUGGCGACGCGCAGCUCAUCGCCCUCAUCGUGGGGCAGCUCAAGAGCCGCGGCCUCUUCGACGCCUUCCGCAGGGACUGCCUGGCCGACGUCGACACCAAGCCAGCCUACCAGAAUUUGAGACAGAAAGUGGACAACUUUGUGUCUACACACCUGGAUAAGCAGGAAUGGAACCCAGCAAUGAACAAAAACCAGUUGCGGAAUGGCUUGAGGCAGAGCGUUAUUAAGUCGGGGAUGCUGGAAGCUGGAGUGGACAGAAUUAUUUCUCAGGUGGUGGAUCCAAAACUAAACCACAUCUUCAGGCCGCAGAUAGAGAAGGCAAUUCAUGAUUUCCUGGCUGCACAGAAGAAAGAGGACUUGGUGCCAGCUCCUCCCCCGGAGCCGGAGAGUCAGGAUCCUUCCCCUCCAUCUCAAGAUGCCUCUGCAUUUUUGACGUUAAAGCAGCUGCAGUUGCAAAACCCAGACUGAAUCUGGCAGUGGGCUACAUACAUAUCUGCAGGAAUACAGUUUGUUGACUAAUAUCAACCGUGGUUGAAGGGAGGUGUUGGCAAGUCACAUGUGGUUUCUACGUAGUGCGGAGGGAUUGGUUAAAUGUUGAAAAUGUAUUGCUAUGGGCAGAAGUAGCAUGUGUCUUCACUAAUUCUGUAUUUGGGGGAUUGUUGCCACCUUUGUGGAAGCAGUAGGGUGAAAAAUGGUUCUGGUGUGAUAUUAGUGAAAUUGAUGGUGGUUGGGAUGUAGCAAUAGGAAUAAGGGGGUUUGGGGUGUGCUUUGGUUUCCUGGGAGGCUACAGUCUGUUGGAAACCUUUCUAGAGGGGUUUGGACAAGGGAGCGUUCAGUGUAUGAGCAUGAAGCUGAUCAUUUACCAGCAAAGGAUCACAGAGUGCUAGAUGCUUACUUAAAUUCAGUAAUAACUCACAGUGCCUGCCCACCUCGUGACACAACUGCAUAAAUGGUCCAUUGUUGGCUUUCUGGGUAUAUCUAGGGGCAAGCAAUCAAGCCUCUGACAGAUUUCUGGAAGUGGUAUGCGCCAUGCCGUGCAGCUCAGCUCUUUGGCCAGGCUGAUCAAGAAAAUGUGUCAAAUUGAGUGUGGAGCAAGAGACUUCUUUUGUGAGCCUCUCAACCGAGGGAAUGUUCUCUUGUCUGUAAGAUUCUUCAGGUGCCUGUUAGAAGCUGCUUAGAGGGUUGCAUAAGCUCUCAAGUAGGCAUUUGUGCUCAAGUAUUUGACUAGCAAAUAUCCAGAAUUUUUUUUUUAUAAUAAAAUACUAGAAAAGCCUA